AAAUGUCGCGUUCAGAGCCUACGUUCGUCUAUAGCACAGGUGCGCAGAUGAGGAAGUGGACAGCAAGCGAUAUGAUAGCUCUCACUUUUUUCUUAAGCCUUCCUUUGUGUUCCGGUGCUCGAAAAGAAUAUUUCGUGUACCCUGAAAUUGUGGAGGAGCGGUCGACUACAAGCAAUCUCGUUCUUCGGCUUAACGACGAUAUCACCCUGAACCUUCAAAAAAGUGAAGUACUGGCGGAAAGCCUUCUAUUCGUUACUGCCACGGGAGACGGACAUGAAAUCGAAACAGUCAACACAACUUCUAUUCAAGAGAAGCUGCAUCAUGAUCUCAAGGAACGAUCAUCUCUCCUUGUGCAACAAAUAGAUGGAGCGCUUCACGUUGAAGGCGUAGUGAAUAAAAAGCUCAGAAUCAAGUCAAUACUCGAAGGAGAGCGUUCGGCACAAGGCCACAUGCUUCACAGUUUAUAUGAAGUACAAGAAAUAAGCGAAGAGUUGGCGAAGAUGGGUGCAUACUCGCGGUAUUACCCGCGUACACAUGCACAGGCGCAAUCGCCAUAUAGGAGAACUCAAGUGAUUUAUCCUGGAACACGUCACGUCUUCCAGAAUGCGACAUCUACAACGACCACCAGACGACCAGUGUCAUCAUUUGUGGUUGAAGUUCACAUAAUGUCUGACGAAGAGCACAGCGCACAUUUUAAAUCAAAAAUGGAAUUGAUCACUUACUUAGGAAUCAUGCUAAACGCGAUUGGCCUAAGAUAUCUGGAGAUGACGAUGCCUACCAUUAAAUUCAAGCUUGUUGGAGUAACAAUGAGUAAGGGGGACGUAUUCGCCAGUCUCAUUGUAGGUACCUUAGAGGCGUAUGAAACGCUCGAUAGAUUGGAAAAGUAUUACAAGGAAGGCAACAUUCCAGGAAAUCCAGACUUGAUAUACCUUAUGACCAACCGAGACAUAUCCACCAUUCAGAGAGGAUCUCUCGAGAAGCGCGUAGCAGGACUCGCAAACGUCGCUGGGGUCUGUACUGAUCGCAGAGUGGCCAUUGGCGAGGAUGUUGCUCUAUCCUACCAAGGCGUCUUCGCAAUGGCUCACGAGGUUGCCCACUUGCUCGGAGCCCGACAUGACCCGAGGGUGUCCAAUCUGUGCCCGUGGAAGGCUGGAUAUCUCAUGAGUUACGAAGAUGGCGGCACUAACAAGUACCGGCUAUCAUCCUGCAGCAUGGCCAGCAUAAGGACUACUGUAGCGCGCCUCCCAUUCAACUGCGUGCUGGAACGAGCAACCGUGACUGUGCUACUCGUACCUAACCCCGCUAUCAUGCCAGGCCAAAUAAUAUCUCCAGAUAAGCACUGCGAGUUGACCAACAUGAGGGAAUUGAAGAUCAAAAGAAUCAGGAGCACGGCCUACGCAGCAAUGCCCCCAGAUUUAGCCAAUGUGUGCAAGAUGAAGUGCUGCUACAAGGUGGGGCGUCAAACGUGGUGUCAAACAGUUGAAAUGCUGGAGGGCAUGGUAUGCACGGGAAACCAAACAUGUAGAAGGGGCAUUUGUGGAAACCACACCAGUCCAGAAAAAUAGUCGAUAAAAGAGAUGGUCCAGCUGUGCUCUCCGCAGCCAACUAAUGGAGCAGGUUCUUUGCUGCUGUUGCUUCAGAGUAUCAUUCUUUGGCGGCCAACAACGUUGCCUGUUUGGUUAAUAAUGAAAGCUAUAAUGUACCGUAGUCACGCGGUAGAAUGGUACCAAAUUAAAUGCAAGCGGCAAUUUCGGGACAUCAAAAAAAAGUUACGAGCACACAAUAUAACAAACAUUUGAUUUUUGGUCAUGUUGGAUCAUGCGAUACCUAAACACUUCAGGGCUCCAGUACCUGUAUAAUACCGCAUGGAACAAAGCGCCUUACAAGAGGCAUUCUACGGUAUUUUAUGCAGAAUACCACAAUUGCAAUAUUCUCAUUACUGAAAUAUUUAAAUAAGGUCGCCUUUUUGGCUAUUAUGC